ACCUACGCGUUUCUCUCUCCUCCUACCCGCAACUUUCGCUCACUCGCUUUCUUUCUUACCUUCUCUACUUUUUGCUAUUAACUCAACUCCAUCCCCAAAACCAAAACCAAAACCAAAACCAAAACCCUGCUAAUUUCUUCAUUAAUUUCCUUCAUUUUUCUCAGAUCAACCUAAAGUUUAGCUCUUGAUUCUUAUCAAAUUCAACUGGUGAUUGGAAUUCAUUGUAUACUUAUAUACUCAUCUAGAAUUCGGCAUCUUGAGGAGCCACCAUGAGCUGUUUCGGCUGCUGCGGAGAUGAUGAUUUUCAGAGAGGAGGUGAUAAUGGGGCGUUCAUGACAAGUAACCCAGCUGGCCAUAAUGCAGCUUACCCAGCAAGAGAAGACAAGCCAAAGGACACACAAACCGUAAAUUUUCAGCCUCCUGCAGUUUCUCCAGUUACAGUAGACGAAUUGAAAGAAGUUACAGAUAAUUUUGGAACGAAAGCUUUGAUUGGCGAGGGAUCUUAUGGAAGAGUCUAUUAUGGUAUACUAAGAAGUGGACAGGCUGCUGCCUUAAAAAAAUUAGAUUCCAGUAAACAACCUGACCAAGAGUUUUUGGGACAGGUGUCAAUGGUAUCAAGACUUAAACAUGAAAAUGUGCUUGAGCUCGUUGCCUAUUGUCUUGAUGGCAACUUUCGGGUCCUUGCAUAUGAGUAUGCUCCAAAUGGUUCCCUUCAUGAUAUUCUUCAUGGACGUAAAGGUGUCAAAGGUGCACAGCCCGGUCCUGUGCUCUCCUGGGCACAAAGAGUUAAAAUUGCUGUUGGGUCAGCCAAAGGACUCGAGUAUUUGCAUGAGAAAGCUCAGCCUCACAUUAUACAUCGUGAUAUUAAGUCCAGCAAUGUACUUUUAUUCGACGAUGAUGUUGCUAAAAUUGCUGAUUUUGAUUUAUCAAACCAAGCUCCGGACAUGGCAGCACGUCUACAUUCCACACGUGUUCUCGGAACAUUUGGAUACCAUGCUCCAGAAUAUGCUAUGACUGGACAAUUGAGCUCAAAGAGUGACGUCUACAGCUUUGGCGUAGUUCUCCUGGAGCUCUUAACAGGGCGUAAACCUGUUGACCAUACAUUACCUCGUGGACAGCAGAGUCUUGUGACAUGGGCAACUCCAAAACUUAGUGAAGAUAAGGUAAAGCAAUGUGUUGAUCCAAGACUAGCAUCAGAUUACCCACCCAAGGCUGUUGCUAAGAUGGCCGCUGUAGCUGCUCUAUGUGUCCAGUAUGAGUCAGAUUUUCGGCCAAAUAUGAGCAUAGUCGUCAAAGCUCUUCAACCAUUGUUAAAUACUCGAACAGGCCCUCCUGCUGAAGCUCCAAAUGUGUAAAGUCUCCACCUGCUAAGGAAUGUCAAAUUUGUUAGUAUAUUACAUUGAUUCCUUUCGUAUGUGAUUCAACAAUUAGUGAGAUGUAUCUUGUUCAAUAUGGAUUCUGUUCAGCUGCUGUAAGUCUGUAAUGCAUAGAAUGUCCCUAUAACUCGGAAACUUCAACUUAUAGGUAGCAUUUUCUCAAUUAUUUUGUUUGUUGAAGGGGGUUUAUUCGUCUUCCUUCCCGUUGUCUUUGGCUCAACUCUCAAGCGAAUGUGUCAUCUUUUCUUUUUGAUGAAUGAAAGAAUGAUGAAUGAUGUUGAAUAACA